CGCGACGGGAGGCGCGAUUCGAGAACGGAAAAGAAACCGCUUCGUGUCGGCUUCGCGCGCGCCGGAGAGGCGAAGGGCUCGCGCGCGCGUACCCAGACGGAGCGCGCGCACGUUGGCAGCGCGUGUUUUGACGCAUUGUCAAAGUGGUAAAUUGCCUGCUCGGUGUUCGCGCUGGGGGACGAGGCACACCGUGUUCCGCGAUUUUCGUGCGAGACAACGCGGGGGAAUCGUUGUCAACGAGCGAUGGAGGCCGGCGCGAGCACGGGCACUCGCACGACGCGUUUUAUGAUGGAGGGCGUCGGCGCCCGAGUGAUACGUGGCCCGGAAUGGAAAUGGGGGAAGCAGGACGGCGGAGAAGGCCACGUGGGUACAGUUAGGAACUUUGAAUCGCCUGAGGAGGUCGUAGUCGUCUGGGACAACGGCACAGCAGCCAAUUAUCGAUGUUCAGGAGCCUUCGAUCUGCGUAUACUGGAUUCUGCGCCGACGGGAGUGAAGCACGACGGCACGAUGUGCGACACGUGUCGCCAGCAGCCUAUCUUUGGGAUAAGAUGGAAGUGCGCCGAGUGCGGCAACUACGAUCUUUGCUCCAUUUGCUACCACGGAGAUAAACAUCACCUGCGACACAGAUUCUUCCGCAUCGCUACGCCAGGGAGUGAAAGGGUCUUGCUGGAACCUCGUAGGAAGAGCAAGAAGAUCGCAAUUCGUGGUAUAUUCCCUGGCGCGAGAGUCGUACGAGGUGUGGAUUGGCAGUGGGAAGAUCAGGAUGGUGGAAACGGCCGUCGGGGGAAAGUUAACGAGAUACAAGACUGGUCCGCAGCUAGUCCACGUUCAGCGGCUUACGUCAUUUGGGAUAAUGGCGCUAAAAAUUUGUACAGAGUCGGCUUUGAAGGAAUGGCUGAUUUGAAAGUGGUCAAUGAUGCAAAGGGACAAACUGUGUAUAGAGACCAUUUGCCAUUGUUGGGUGAGCAAGGUCCAGGUCGAACGGGACCUCACGGUCUGCAAAUUGGUGAUCAGGUUAAUGUCGAUUUGGAAUUAGAAAUUGUACAGUCACUACAGCAUGGUCACGGAGGCUGGACGGAUGGCAUGUUCGAGUGCCUUGGCACUACCGGUACGGUCGUCGGCAUCGAUGAAGAUCAUGACAUUGUUGUCUCUUAUCCAAGUGGUAAUCGAUGGACCUUCAAUCCUGCUGUUCUCACUAAAGUCCAGAUACCCGUUCCUGUUACUAGUUCUGACAAUCAGACAUUUGCUGUCGGGGAUUUGGUGCAGAUUUGCCAUGAUAUAGAAAAAAUUAAAUUACUCCAGCGUGGUCAUGGCGAAUGGGCCGAGGCAAUGGCUCCGACCUUGGGAAAAAUAGGUAGAGUACAGCAAAUAUAUCAUGACGGAGACUUAAAAGUGGAAGUCUGUAGUACAUCCUGGACGUAUAAUCCUCAAGCUGUCACGAAAGUUGCGAGCAGCGACGGAAGUGUUCCAGGGAACAGCAGUGGUGAGCGCUUGUCAGCGUUAUUAAAGAAGUUAUUCGAGACACACGUCUCCGGUGAUGUCAAUGAAGAGUUAGUAAAGACUGCAGCGAAUGGCGACGCCUCUAAAUGUGAAGAAUGCUUGAAACGACCAGAGGCCGAUGUUAACGGUGUAUUCGCCGGCCACACCGCCUUGCAAGCUGCGAGUCAAAACGGUCAUUUAGAAGUGAUUAAAAUACUUCUACGGUUCAGCGCGGAUGUGGAAAUGGAAGACAAAGAUGGUGAUAGAGCCGUACAUCACGCUGCUUUUGGAGAUGAGCCAGGUGUUAUGGCGCUUCUCGCUGCUGCCGGCGCCGAUCUGAACGCUCGAAAUAAGAGACGCCAGACAGCUCUUCAUAUCGCCGUUAAUAAAGGACACGCUGGCGUUGUGCGAACUUUGCUGGAAUUAGGCUGCCAUCCGAGUCUACAGGACUCCGAAGGCGACACACCCCUUCACGACGCGAUCUCUAAGAAACGGGAUGACAUGUUGGCUCUGUUGUUGGACCACGCCGCAGACAUCACCCUCACCAACAACAAUGGCUUCAACGCUCUGCACCACGCUGCUCUUCGUGGCAACCCAAGCGCGAUGCGGGUGCUGCUGUCGAAAUUACCGCGGCCCUGGAUCGUCGACGAGAAGAAAGACGACGGCUACACGGCCCUUCACUUGGCUGCCCUUAACAAUCACGUGGAGGUCGCGGAGCAACUGGCGCGCGCCGGAAAGGCCGAUCUGGACCUGCAGAACGUGAACCUGCAGACCGCCCUGCAUCUCGCGGUCGAGCGACAGCACACGCAGAUCGUCCGGCUGCUGGUGCGCGAGGGCGCGAAUCUGAACGUCGCCGAUAAGGACGGGGACACGCCUCUGCACGAGGCCCUGCGCCAUCACACGCUGUCGCAGUUGCGGCAGCUGCAGGACGUGCAGGACGUCGGGCGGCUGCUGAUGGGCCUGGGCACUCAGGGCCAGGACAAGAAGAGCAGCUCCUUCAUCGCGUGCUUCCUCGCUGCGCACGGCGCCGACCUGGAGCUGAAGAACAAGAAGGGCCAGACGCCCUUGGACCUCUGCCCGGAUCCGAAUCUCUGCAAGACUCUCACCACCUGUCACAAGGACAAGGAGUCACACGACAUCGAAGCCAUCGUCCCGUCGGCGGCGAUCGACGAGUGUCUCGUAUGCUCCGACGGCAAGCGAGAGAUGCUGUUCAGUCCCUGCGGGCACGUGGCUUGUUGCAACGCCUGUGCACCGAGGGUGAAGAAAUGUCUGAUUUGUCGUGAGAACGUUCUCUCUCGAGUGAAGAUCGAAGAAUGCGUGGUGUGUUCGGAUCGCAAGGCGGGCAUGCUGUUCCGCCCGUGCGGACACAUGUGCGCCUGCGAGAGCUGCGCGGCCCUGAUGAAGAAGUGCGUGCAAUGCCGUGCCCAGAUACUGCACAUGGUGCCGCUCUCGGUCUGCUGCGGCGGCGGCGGUGAUGUCACCUACGUGAAGGGAUGCAACACCUCAGGAACAAUAUCCGAAGUCAAGGCGGAUCCCGAGGAAGAGCCGACGCCCUCGAACAACACCGUGGCUGGGGAAGCUCUCCUAAUGAACAACGGCAGCCGAGAUACUUCCCACAGCGACAUACAAAAACUACAGCAGCAAUUGCAGGACAUCAAGGAGCAGACCAUGUGCCCGGUUUGUCUGGACCGCCUGAAAAACAUGAUCUUCCUGUGCGGACACGGCACUUGCCAAAUGUGCGGCGACCGGAUGUCGGAGUGUCCGAUAUGUCGCAAGGCGGUGGACAAACGUAUUCUACUCUACUAAAAAUACAAGACUGUCACCGGCCGCGCUGCGCGCUGAAAUUCUCCGAGAGCGAUUGUACGGACGAAUUAUAAUCCACAACGAUUCACGACAUUUCGCGAGAGAGGAAACGCUUCCUCCUAAGCCCCGUUUAUUUCUGACAGCAGCAUCGCAAAGCAACGUUGUUUUACGAAUCAUGAUAUUCAAUGGCAUAGCAUUGAAGAAUAGAUAUUAAAUAUUCCCCCUGCUAGCUGCGAUGGUUUAUAGAUAGAAAUGUAAGUUGGUUAAUCAAUGACCGCGAUAAGUGCGCACAAUUAUUAUUUAUUAAUCAUAUCUUUAAUGAGAAAAACUCGUUGCACGAUAGAUAACAUGUUGAAGUUGCGUUCGCACUUAGCCGUACGGUUAUUAAUACGUAGGUCUAACAUAUUUCCAAUAAGCUUCCUGUAAAACCUUUAUUUACCAUAUACAAAUACUGUCGCCUUUCUGCAUGAUAAAAGAUUCAGAAAAUGCUCAGUAGACAUUAAAAGGUUCUUCCGAUUAUCUAUUAUCAAUAGGAAUAAUGAUUUUAUAUCUCUCUCGAGCUUGAAUGAUUUCCAUACAUACACACAUAGAUUGCCAAAAUUGGGAAUAAGUAAAAAGGAUCGCAUUUGAAUUGUUUGUUUUUUUUCCAAGUAUUAAAAUUUAUCACAAGAUGAUUUAUCGUUGUUGAUUAACUAUUAUAAGCUGCCAAUAUAUAUAAUGUUACAGAAAUUGUUAAAAAAAUAUUUUCGGUACAGUACAAUGGCUGGUCUACAUCGGCAAGGUAAUGAAGCUAUAUUCAAUUUCUUUUCUCAACUUAAAAAUUUGUAUAUUAUUUUAUUGAAUGUAUUAUAUUAAU